UGCGGCUGCAUCGGUCCGCAUGGCAACCGCGAGCUGUGUACCUACAAGGGGGCAAGAGAAACCUUUUUUUUUUUUAGAGACGCUACCUGGGACUUUAGACGUUCACGCACCCUUUUAUUGUUCUCAGCUGCGUUGACACUUUGACAUUUGGAGCCUGCAGACGGAUUGGAGCGGCUUUUAAUGCGGCGCGUCGUUGGCGCAGACUGACAGGUGCUGUAUCGUCAACAACAUCGUCUGUCUCCUCUUCUCUCCAUCUGUGUUUCAGCCAGAGCUGAAAGCUGCCACCACACAUCUGUAACCAUGACUGCAGAGGAGAUGAUCAACAUCAAGGAGGCAGAGGUGAUCAAGCUGAUGCUGGACUUUCUAAACUCCAGGAAGCUGCACAUCAGCAUGCUGGCUUUAGAGAAGGAGAGCGGUGUCAUCAACGGCCUCUACUCCGAUGACAUGCUCUUCCUCAGGCAACUUGUUCUUGACGGCCAGUGGGAGGAGGUGAUGCAGUUUAUUCAACCUCUGGAAGGAAUGGAGAAGUUUGACAAGAAAAGGUUCCGCUACAUCAUUCUGAAACAGAAGUUUCUGGAAGCUCUGUGUGUAAAUAAUGCCAUGUCUGCUGCUGAAGACCCUAAGAAUCUGGAGCUCAGCAUGCAGGAGGCGGUGAAGUGCCUCAACAGUCUGGAGGAGUUCUGCCCGACCAAAGACGACUACAGCAAGCUGUGCCUCCUCCUCACCCUGCCGCGCCUCACCCACCACGCAGAGUUCAAAGACUGGAACCCGAGCACGGCACGUGUCCAUUGCUUUGAGGAAGCCUGCACCAUGGUGGCCGAGUUCAUCCCUGCGGACAGGAAGCUGAGUGAGGCCGGCUUCAGGGCGAGUGGGAACCGCCUGUUACAGCUGCUCAUCAAGGGGAUCCUUUACGAGUGCUGUGUCGAGUUCUGUCAGAGUAAAGCAACAGGUGAGGAGAUCACAGAGGGCGAGGUCUUGCUCGGUGUGGAUUUGCUCUGUGGAAACGGCUGUGAUGAACUGGACUUGUCGCUGCUGUCCUGGCUGCAGAACCUCUCUCCAGGUGCCUUCUCCUGCGCCUUCGAGCAGCAGACUCUCAAUAUCCACGUCGACCGCCUGGUGAAGCCCAGCAAGGCCGGCCACGCCGACCUCCUCACUCCUUUAAUCAACCGCCUGUCACCCUGCACUACCUCACCUUUCCACCAGAGGCCCCAUUCAGCAGACACCUACAUGUCCAGAUCCCUCAACCCAGCUUUGGACGGUCUGUCACAUGGUCUUGCAUCCCAGGAAAAGAGGGGCGUGGAGGCAAACGUUAAGUCUGCCCUCAGUCGGAGCCUUGUUGAGAAUAAUGUUCAUCAGGAGGAUGAUUCACCUGAAAGGAAGCAACGGUCAGGGCUGGAUGAACCCAACACCCCACGCGCGCCUCUGACUCCAGGAAAAGAUGGUGGACCACCCGGUGGCACAGAAACAAAUGAGCGUCUUGACUCCACCGAGCAUAUCCAGGAGUACUACAGACAGCGUCUCCGCGUGCAGCAGCAUCUGGAGCAGAAACAGCAGCAGCGACAGCUUUAUCAGCAGAUGCUGCUGGAGGGAGGCGUGAAGCCGCAGGAUGGAACACAAAACAACCUCACAGAGACUUUUCUCAGCAGGUCCAUUCAGAAGUUAGAGGAGAUGAAUGUGGGCAUCGACCACAGAGGAGACGAUGUGAUGUCACAUCUGGGCCAGCAGAGGAAUGGGCUCCCAGGGAACAGCAGCACCUCUAGCCCCAGAUCCACCAACACCCGACACACCCCAGAUACUGAGCCACUAAGGGAUAAGCCAGGUGGGUGGGCCAGCAGCACCCCAUCAAGGACUGGGAGUCAUGGUUUGCCCUCUCUCAGUGAGUCACCAGUCCCUGCAAGUAAGAGUGCUGAGAGGAUCAGUGGGUCCUGCGCGACACUCCAAGGUGACUCUGGCAGCUCUGGGACACGUAACUCAAAAGAGACAGCCAAGCCCAAAACACAGUUUGUUAAAGUGAGCCAGCUGGAGGACACACAGGCAGUGCGAGCCGUGGCUUUCCAUCCUGCUGGAACGCUCUACGCUGUCGGCUCCAACUCCAAAACCCUGAGAGUCUGCUCCUACCCAGAGACACUGACCCCAAGUUCGUCCAGUGCUUCUGGAGCUCUCAAGCAGCCAGUGGUGCGCUUCAGGAGGAACAAACACCACAAGGGUUCAAUCUACUGUGUAGCCUGGAGCCACUGUGGACAACUGCUGGCUACUGGCUCCAAUGAUAAAUAUGUCAAAGUCCUGCCUUUCAAUGCGGAGAGCUGCAAUGCCACAGGUCCAGACCUGGAGUUCAGCAUGCAUGAUGGUACCAUCAGGGACCUGGCCUUCAUGGAAGGCCCUGAGAGUGGAGGAUCCAUCUUGAUCAGUGCUGGGGCCGGAGACUGUAACAUCUACACAACCGACUGUCAGAGAGGACAGGGCCUCCACGCCCUUAGCGGACACACUGGUCAUAUUCUUACUCUUUACACCUGGGGAGGGUGGAUGAUCGCAUCUGGCUCCCAGGACAAGACUGUGCGGUUCUGGGACCUGCGGGUGCCCAGCUGUGUGCGGGUGGUGGGCACAACUCUGCACGGCUCAGGAAGUGCAGUUGCUUCUGUGGCGGUGGAUCCCAGCGGCCGCCUGCUGGCCACAGGUCAGGAGGACAGUACCUGCAUGUUGUACGACAUCAGAGGAGGCCGCAUAGUGCAGACAUACCGACCACACGGCAGCGACGUUCGCUCAGUGCGCUUCUCGCCUGGAGCCCAUAAUCUCCUCACUGGCUCCUAUGACAACAAAAUCAUCAUCAGUGACCUACAAGGUGACCUCACAAAGCCCCUCCCUCAGACGCUGGCAGGCGAGCAUUGGGACAAGGUGAUCCAGUGCAGAUGGCACCCUCAUGACCGGACCUUCCUCUCGUCGUCUGCAGACCGAACUGUGGUCCUCUGGACGCCCGGCCCCUGAGAUAUAUAUUCACUGGACAAACAUGUUAGCUGCAGCAGCAGGAGGCUGGAAGAACACAGUGUGAUGUAAUCACAUACUGCUGUGUGUGUGUGUGUGUGUGUGUUUGUGUGUGUAUGUAUGAGUGUUUUUUGUGUUAAAAUUUGACUACAUAGUUAGCUGUUAGCUGCUCACAGUUAACUGUGUGUGUAAUGCACUUUUUUGAGGGGGAAAUCACAGCCACUAAGUAGUUUUGUGUGUGUUUGUUGUUGUGUGUUUGUUUCCAUUCUGUUGUGUAUAUCUUUGUACGUCCAAGCAAAUGCAGCAUUCUGAAAAUAUGUUUCUUUGCACACGCCAUAACAAUGAGGAAACAUUGCGUGUUUAAUAUGAAUCUUUUAAUUCACGAUUCAUGUGAUAGUCAGUACCCUUUUUAGGGUAUGUGUUUGUGUGUGCAUGUGUGUGUUUGUGUGUUUCACUUCAAACCUUUCUGCUCUGGCUUUGGUAAGCAGAGCACAGAUAACACAGAUGUAGUUAGAACAUAGUGAUGACUGAUAAUGCCUGUUUUGAUAGGCAUGAGCAAGUUCACAAAGCACAUCUUCAAGUAAGUUCAUUUACAUUUUCUUCACAAUUCAAGUAAAUCUUUUUUAGAACUUCAAAACACACAUGGAUCACUACUGAAGUAACGAUGGUGAAACAAAGCGAGCUGCUAUUUCCAUACGAGAAGUGAGCUGGACUCUUUAGCCACAUUUUAGUUAUGCAUAUCAUAAUGUGCCUUUUGUAACAUUUGUAGAUAUUUUUGGACUUUUGCAUUUACUGAGAGAUGUAUUGUUUUAUUUUCAACUUUAUUUUGAUAUGAUCUCAUGCAUAGCCAUUUAAACAUUUUGUAACAUCACUUAUGAAGACAAUGAUUAUUUGAGUGCACUCAUAUUAACUAUGUAUGUUGUUUUCCCUGUGUCUGUCACUUUUAAAACUCAAAUGUUUAAAAAAAAAAAGGUUGCAUCUCAACGGUUGGAAUUCCAGUAUUAUUUUUAUACAUGACUCAAAACAUAUUUCCAUGCUGUGUUCCAGACAAACUAAGUAUAUUAACUGUAAAACGAGAAACAGUGCUGGAGCUUACGUUUUAGAAACUGCUUUUUGUAGCUCCUUCAUUAAUAAGCACAUCUGUUCUGUAAAUUCAAUGUGCUCAUUUUGUGCAGUUGAAAAGUUGCAUUGGGUGGCAAGAACUAUAGCAUUGAUUGCAGUGCAUAAAGUUGGAGCUGAUAAGGAAUUACAUUUUUGCCCCCCCCGUUUUCAGAGUUUAGAUGGUGAGUAGGGAUGCGUGGUCUCAGGAACAUUUUAGGAUGUAUAGAAAGCUUGGAAAAAGCAAUGAAGCUUGGAUUAAUCAAAGAAAUAUCAGGAAAAAGUCCAGACAAGAAGAAGGCACUUUAGGAUAAAGGCUGAUUGGAUUGCAAUAUGUAAAAUGACACAUCUUUGUCUUGAAGUGAUUUUAUUCCUCACUGUUACUGUGCACCUAUGCAGAAACCUGAUGGUUGUGAGAAGAAAAGGGGAUCGGGAGAGACCCAAUGUCAUUGGUUGUUGUGUUAAUCCUCAAAUGUACAUGAUUUGCUGCUCACGAUGCCAUUGAAACUGUCAUUAGAACGUGGUGUGGUUUUGAAAUGUGCAGACAAAUAUGUAACAAUGGACCUGGAAAGAGGUUAAUGGGGUUCAAACUGUGAACAAAGUUAUCGGCUUUUACCACGUAUUGGUCUUGCUUUUGAUUGAAUGAAGAAUUUUUUGAAGUUACAAGUUGGAACGUGUAAUGAACUGACUGAAUAAAGAUACAAAGUGCCAUCACACUGUU